AUGUCUUCUUCUAUCCGCCCUUUCAAGCUCUCCAUAGCCCAAUUCACUCUCGACGACUUGCAAACCCGUCUUGGUCUAACCCGCUGGCCGGACAAGGAGAUUGUCACGGACUGGUCCCAGGGCGUCCCGCUCGCGGUAAUUCAAGAGCUGUGCGAGUACUGGAAGACAGAGUACGACUGGAGACGAUGCGAAGGGCUACUCAACUCGUACCCUCAGUUUACAACAACCAUUGACGGAGUUGAAUUCUAUUUUCUGCACGUUCGGUCAAGGCACCAAGACGCUCUUCCCCUUGUGCUUACGCAUGGUUGGCCCGGCUCAAUCCUGGAGUUUAGACAUGUAAUCGACCAGCUCGUCGACCCCGAAUCCCACGGCCGCCGCCAGGAAGAUGCGUUUCACCUCAAAUGGAACUACGACCGCACCGCAGCCGCGUGGAUAGAGCUGAUGCGGCGCCUGGGCUACGAGGACAGCGGAUGGGUAGCCCAAGGCGGCGACUGGGGAGCCCACAAGGAAAGUCAAAUUCCAAUCCACGAUACAAAGGCCGAGAAUCGGGCCAUGCAUCUAGACGAGCGCCGGGAUGCUGGGUUUCGCGGCUACUCUCUGCAGCAGUCAACGAGGCCGCAGACGAUUGGGUAUGGGCUCGCAGACUCGCCGGUCGCGCAGGCGGCCUGGAUCUACGAAAAAUACAGAGACUGGUCGGACCACGGCGGCAACGUGGAGGCGGUGCUCGCAAAGGACGAGAUGCUUGAUACCAUUAUGCUGUACUUGCUCUCCAACUCGGGCACGUCGUCUGCGCGCUACUACUGGGAGAAUCAGCUUGACACCACUGCGUGGCCGAUAGACGUACCAGUCGGCGUGAGUUGCUUUGGCGGCGACAACAGCUACGCACCAAGGGAAUGGUGUGAGAGGUACUACAAAAAUAUCGUGUACUGGAGCGAGACGGCCCGGGGCGGCCACUUUGCAGCGUGGGAGGUGCCAGACAUGUUUGUGUCUGAAGUGCGCGCGUGGAAGAGGAGAAUCAAAUAA